ACCAGUGACCAUGUGCAUUUGAUAGUGCUGGCGAUAGUUAAUAACAAUCAUUGUAAUAACAUCACGGUUACUAUAUUUAUAUAGUGACGUUAAACGGUUUUUGACUCUAAUUCUUAUGUUAUUGUUACGUGCUGGAGACCUGUAAAAAUAUUGUAAUCUAUGGAUCUUAAACCAAUUUAUGUUAAUAAUUGUUAAUUGAACAAAAAUAAAAUAACGUUCAAGUUCAACCAUGGAGCGGAAAAACGAUAUGUUAGGUGUCGAUGAUAUUGUGUUUAUGCUACUUGAAACAUUGAAGUCUAAUGGCACAUUCGAUGAAAUCCGUAGACAUUGUGUUACUGAUAUUGAUGCUAAGCCAACUUACCAAAACUGGAAACAACGAAUAGAAUCAAAUGUCAACAAAUUUUUGAGCAAAGUAAAAUAUACUCCCGAAUUAAAUAAAACCACUGUUCGAGAACAACUUCGAAAACAUUUACUUGAUGGACAUGAGAUUCAAGAUAUUGAAGAAGGAGCUGAUAGAAUACUUAUUCAAAUACUUGCGCCUCGUACACUAAGUAUUUUUGAACCUAAAAUAGCAGUUGCUGUUGAUGAAUACUUGGGAAUUAAAAAUGAUGCUCCUCCAAUUGAACUUAACAGUUUUAAAGAAUCUAGUAUGAAUUCAAUAAAUGUAUCUAACAUUGAAAAUAGUACUGUUUUCCAUCCCAAAAUAGGUGCUGAUAAUAUACCUUGUGAUAAAACACAAAAAGAUGGUAGAAAAGACUUAAGAUCAUACAAAAAAAAAAAAUCUUCUAGUCUUUGUAAAGAGCCCAAAUUAUUGAAUAGUAAUCAAACUGAUGAUGAAAAUGAUACUGGAAGAUCUUUAAAACAAAAAAGUAGUCAACACAAAAAUAAAACUUCUGCAUCUUACAAAUCUAAGUCCUUUACUAAUCAUAAAAGUAAUAAAAAAGAUUAUAGUUGUAAAGAAGUUGUAGAUAAAUCUAAAGGUGUUAGUGAACUUAAAGAUAUUGUUGACAAAUUUAAAGAUGUUAGUAAGCCUAAAGAUAUUGUUAAUAAAGCUAAAGACAUGGUUGAAAAGUCUAAGGAUAAAUCUUUUUUGUCAUCAAAUUCUAAUUCUAAUAGUUCUAGUCAUAAAAGUAACCGAACAGAUACGAAAAGAACUAAACGUUCUCUCGAAUAUAAAAAAAAAUUGUCUAGUCUUUGUAAAGAGCCUAAAUUAUUAAACAAUAAUCGAAGUGAUGAUGAAAGUAAUGCAGGAGGAUCUUCAAAACAAAAAAAUACUUUACACAAAAAUAAAAGUUCUUCAUCUGACAAGACUAAGUCAUCAUCCAGUAAUCAUAAUAAUAGUAGAAAAGAUAAUACUAGUACUGACAUUGUUGAUAAGUCUAAAGAUAAAUCUUUGUCAAAGAAUUCUACUUGUACUGAUGUUGAUAAAUCUAAAAACAAGUCUUUGUCAAAGAAUACUGGUAGCUCUACCAUUGUUGAUAAAUCUAAAGACAAAUCUUUGUCAAAGAUUUCUAGUAGUACUGACAUUAAUAAUUCUAAAAAUAAAUCUUUGACAAAGAAUUCAACUUGCUCAAGUCAUAAAAGCAACCAUAAAGACUCUAAAAGACUUAAACUUUCUCAACCGGCAAAAAAAAAAUUACUUAUCAAUAAUGAAAAUGUUAAAGAAAAUAAAUCAGAAAAACCUGAAUGUAAUGAUUUUCAAAGUUCUGAUAUAACAAAUGACGAACAAGAUGCAGCAAAUGUUUUAUUAUCAAUGAGUUCAAUUUCUUAUGAAAGUUCUCAUAGUAAAAUUAUAACAGAAAAUUCUUCUCCUAUUUCUAAAACCUUAAGAACACCUAAAUUAGAAAAUAUUGAUCAAAAGAAAAUUCUACCAUCUAGUGAUAAUGACAAUAUUAAAGACAAUUCUCGAUUAAAAUCAAAGAAUUUAAAAACAUUACAAUUACAAAAUACUGUAAAAAGUGUAUCAAGCCCUGAUGGCCAUUUGUUUGAAAAAGUUUGUUCUGUUGAUAUUGAAAGUAAUGAAGUUAGUGUACCUGUUAUUGAUAAUGUAUCAAUAAAUAUAAUGUGUGAAAAAUUAGAACAAAAGUCUAACAAUGAUACAGACAUAAAAAUUAAUGAUUCAGCAAAUACCUUAUCCAAACAAAUAUUACAUGAGAAAAUAGAAAAUAAUAGUGUAAAAGUAUUGGAUGAUGACAAAUCACAUCACUCUUUCAAAGGAUUUUCUGAAGCAGAAACUAUUCCGUGUAAAAACUAUAAACUACUAAAAAAUGUGAUCAAAACCUUACAAGUAAAGAUAAAUAAUCAUGAUGUGAUUAAUGAUGGAUUCAAAGGUUUUAGCAGUGUAGAAACUCAUCCAUGUAAACAUCGAGAUAUUGUUUAUGCUGAGCUUAUCAAGUUGAAAGAUAGUAAAUCUAGUUCAGACUUUAUUGGAUUCUCUGAAGAAGACGCUCAACUGAGUAUUGGACAUAAAUAUGUUAUACAACAGCUCGAACUUGCCAAAAAACAAAAUAAUGUAGAUAAUCAUCAAGAAAAUGUUAAGUUUGGUGGGAAUGGAAACAUGUUUAAUGAAGUUAUGACAGAAUAUGUAUAUAAAAGUAACAAUGAUAAUGUUACAACAUCAAAAGAAAUCUAUAAUAAACCAAUUAAUGAUACUAAAAAAGAUUGUCCUACUGUAAAUAAUAAUCACAAUCAUGACGAUUGGAUUGUUCAACAAGAAAUGAAGUAUAAACUUUUACCUGUAAAGGUAAAACUUGAAAGACUAAUGGAUUAUAGAUGUAAUAAUGCUAAACGUGUGUCUGACUCUUCACAGGUGCCUAUAUGAUAAACAGUAAAAAAAUAAUAUUUAAUAAAAAUCAUGUCUUCGAUUUUUUUUUCAUAAAAUUAAUUGAAAAUAAGGGUCAAAAAGAAGUAUUAUUGUUUAAUAUAUAUGGUCAACAAACAGAACUUUGAACCUAUUUCAAAUAUGGUUGUGUGAUUAUUCCUUACCUUUUCAUUACAAUUAAGAAAAGUAAUAAACUUAUUAUUGAAUAUGUUACUGCUUGAAAUAGUAAAUUUAAUAAUUAAAUAAA